CAGGAUUGAAGGUCCUCCCUGAUGUUUGGGGCCACGUAUUGAGAAGGUCACGGGUGCUGAUGUGCUGGUGUUGGUGACGUGGUGACGGCGGGCGGCCCACGAGCUGACAUCCGCAGCCGAAGGCGUGCGGUGAGGAGGCGCAGCCGUGCGGUGAGGCGGUGCGGGCGUGGGCAAGAGGUGAGCCCCCCCGCCAGGCAACCAUGUGGCGGGGGGGCGCGGCGGGGGGCAGGUAGUAAGCAGCAUGACGCACCUCCACGACCCCGACAACGAUGACAUCGAGCGGGAGCUCUAUCAGUUGGGCCUCACCGACGUCCCACCACCCCCACCGCCAGCCCUACGGGGGGCGCUGCCUUCUGCAUGGCCGCCUGCGUCCUCCACCCGCAGUCGCUCCGCCCCAUCCAUCCAGGAAGACUCUCUCGUCGAUCCCCCAGUCCUGAUCAUCCCCCGGCCUAUCCCCGCACACAACCCCGGGAUGUCGCCCUGCACUCAACACGACCCCUUCCCUGCCUUCACUAGCACUGCCGACGACGGGCGGGGGCGGCUGGGGCUGUGGGGUGGUGCCCCUGUACAGGUUUCUGGCCUCCACCACAGCCUCACCAACCUGGCGGUAGACAACCCUGGCCACAACCCCCAGCAGCCGCUACACAACCCCACCGCGCUAUUUAAUGGCGCCACCAACAUGGCGGCGACCAGCGAGGACGCUGUGUCUGCCAUGACGGUAGCAGGACUGUCGUCACAGACGGCGUACACAACGGCCAGCAGCGCGGUGUGGACGCAGGACCCCGGAGCCGUCCACUACCCCGUGUACGUUAUGCAGCAGGACUUCACCACGCUGCCCCGCGGACCUCCCAACGCCUCCCCGCGACCCCAGCUGGCGGCGGAGGACGAGGAGCGCCUGGCUGCGCUGGUGUCCAGCGUGGAGGCGGCGCUGCGCAGCAUCCACCUGGGGCUGCAGGAGUCCUACAUCAUGUACGACAACCCUGAUGACGAGGAGGACCCCCCGCCCCCACAGCCCGUCACUGCCUCACUCAGGGACCCGCCGCCCUCACCUGUGCCACCCAAUGAGCCUCCAGGGUCCCCGCCUCCCCCUGCCAGCCCUCAGGGACCACCAGUGCCUCUGGUAGGAGGGAUAGUAGGCGGUGCCCCUCGCCUGGUCGGUCCCGACAACGCCUCCCGACUAUCCCGCCAGCUUGGCUUCAUCCCCAUCCAGGAGGGCGCCCCGCAGCCGCCCCAGCCGCCGCCGCCCCGCCACGCUGACCACCACAAGCACCACCAGCACCACCUUCACAAACUCAGCAAGAAGGUCAAGAACCACAAGUCAAAGAGUACACACACACUCGCCACGCAUGCUACUCUCCCUCGCCACGCAUGCUACUCUCCCUCGCCACGCAUGCUACUCUCCCUCGCCACGCAUGCUACUCUCCCUCGCCACGCAUGCUACUCUCCCUCGCCACGCAUGCUACUCUCCCUCGCCACGCAUGCUACUCUCCCUCGCCACGCAUGCUACUCUCCCUCGCCACGCAUGCUACUCUCCCUCGCCACGCAUGCUACUCUCCCUCGCCACGCAUGCUACUCUCCCUCGCCACGCAUGCUACUCUCCCUCGCCACGCAUGCUACUCUCCCUCGCCACGCAUGCUACUCUCCCUCGCCACGCAUGCUACUCUCCCUCGCCACGCAUGCUACUCUCCCUCGCCACGCAUGCUACUCUCCCUCGCCACGCAUGCUACUCUCCCUCGCCACGCAUGCUACUCUCCCUCGCCACGCAUGCUACUCUCCCUCGCCACGCAUGCUACUCUCCCUCGCCACGCAUGCUACUCUCCCUCGCCACGCAUGCUACUCUCCCUCGCCACGCAUGCUACUCUCCCUCGCCACGCAUGCUACUCUCCCUCGCCACGCAUGCUACUCUCCCUCGCCACGCAUGCUACUCUCCCUCGCCACGCAUGCUACUCUCCCUCGCCACGCAUGCUACUCUCCCUCGCCACGCAUGCUACUCUCCCUCGCCACGCAUGCUACUCUCCCUCGCCACGCAUGCUACUCUCCCUCGCCACGCAUGCUACUCUCCCUCGCCACGCAUGCUACUCUCCCUCGCCACGCAUGCUACUCUCCCUCGCCACGCAUGCUACUCUCUCUCGCCACGCAUGCUACUCUCUCUCGCCACGCAUGCAACUCUCUCUCGCCACGCAUGCUACUCUCUCUCGCCACGCAUGCUACUCUCUCUCGCCACGCAUGCUACUCUCUCUCGCCACGCAUGCUACUCUCUCUCGCCACGCAUGCUACUCUCUCUCGCCACGCAUGCUACUCUCCCUCGCCACGCAUGCUCCUCUCCCUCGCCACGCAUGCUCCUCUCCCUCGCCACGCAUGCCACUCUCCCUCGCCACGCAUGCCACUCUCCCUCGCCACGCAUGCCACUCUCCCUCGCCACGCAUGCCACUCUCCCUCGCCACGCAUGCCACUCUCCCUCGCCACGCAUGCCACUCUCCCUCGCCACGCAUGCCACUCUCCCUCUAUUUUAAAGAAGACUUUAUCUUCUGUUUGCAGAAGUUCUCCCUUGUCCACUGUUGCACAUUCUUAG